AUGCCUUCUUAUGCCAAGUUUCUAACAGACAUCUUGGCGAAGAAGAGAAGGAUUAAUGAUUUUCAAACUAUGGCUCUAAGGCAAGCAACAAGCGACAUCUACAAGAAUGGGGUGCUAGAGAAGAUGACAUACCCUGGUAGCUUCAAGGUACCUUGCUCGAUAGACGGAAUGGAUUUGGGUCAUGUUUUAUGCGACCUUGGGGCGAGCAUCAACUUGAUGCCUCUUUCUAUCUUCAAGAAAUUAAAGAUAAAGGAGGUUCAACCAACUCAUAUGAGGUUUCAACUUGCAGACAGAUCUAUUACGAAUCCUAAGGGUAAGAUUGAAGACGUUUUGGUAAAGGUAGACAAAUUUCUGUUUUUCGCAGACUUCAUCAUUCUAGACUACGAAGCUGAUGAAGAGGUUCUUAUCAUCUUAAGGCGGCUGUUCUUGUCAACUGGUCGUGCCCUCACAUAUGUCCACCAAGGGGAGUUGACAGUGUUUUUUAAUAACAAGGAAAUCAAAUUCAAUGUUGUCAACGCGAUGAAGUUCCCUCUUGAUGAUGAAAGUUGCAACGCAAUAGAGUCCCUAGUGUGGGGCUAUUGUGAAGAAGAAGUCUAG